AUGCCGGAGAUAAAAGGAAGGGCGGCAGAAAGGAAGGGCAAGGCGCGCGAACGGGGAAGAGACAGAGCCGGGGAAGGCGGCGGCAGAAUCCGAAGGCACGGCCGCGGAACGGGCUACGAGACGGACCCGGGAAGAGGAGCGAGGAAGGAAAUUAAGAGAGACGCGAAGAGGAAAGUCCAACAAACCGGGGAGACGAGGAGGAGAGCAGGGGCCCCACCACACGGACCGGCAGGGGGCCGAGAAAAGACGUGGGGACGCCGGAGACGAAGCCAGAAGAGGGAGGAGGGAGGCGGAGGAGGGGCAAGCACAAAGGAGGGGAAGAGAAGGAGCAGGAAGAACCGCGAUAGGAAGGGAAAGGACGGCUCGAGCGAACGCCCGAAGGAUAGAGGGCGGGGGGGAAGGCGAGGGAGCCGCAGGGGCGCCGGACGGUCAAGACGGGGAUGGUCGGGAAGGGCGCCCGGAGGUACGAAGCCGGGGGGAGGGAGCGAGAGGGGGAAGAAAGGAGGGCACGUGGACGUGAAGGACUUUGAUGGCCGGGGGAGAGGCAAGAGAAGAGACGAAGAAGAGGAGGAAAGCGGCCGGAACGGGACUGACUAA